CCCCUCCCCCCGGACGUGGAACUGGGACUCUGCAAACUGGAAAGCAGCGAAAGGACACCUCCUUCCUUUUCUCUCGUGUUGUUUUUAAGUGCAAAGAGAGACAGAGAAGAGUGGAGAGGGAAAAGAAGAGAGAGAGGGAAAAGAGAGAGAGAGGAGAGAGCUGAGAGAGAGAGAGAGAGAGAGAGAAAGAGCGAGAGAGAAAAAAUAAGCUGGGGUAAAGUAUUUUCGCAGUUUCUGCCUUUAGGAUUUUAUUAGCUUCUCUCCCCCAGGCCGCAGCCAAUCAGCGCGUGUGCCCGGGCCCCUGCGUCUCUUGCGUCAAGACGGCAGUGCUGAGCGAAUGCAGGCGCCUUGCGAGCUGGGAGCGAUUUAAAACGCUUUGGAUUCCCCGGGCCUGGGAGGGGAGAGCGAGCUGGGUGCCCCCUAGAUUCCCCGCCCCCGCACCUCAUGAGCCGACCCUCGGCUCCAUGGAGCCCGGCAAUUAUGCCACCUUGGAUGGAGCCAAGGAUAUCGAAGGCUUGCUGGGAGCGGGAGGUGGGCGGAAUCUGGUCGCCCACUCCCCUCUGACCAGCCACCCAGCGGCGCCUACGCUGAUGCCUGCUGUCAACUAUGCCCCCUUGGAUCUGCCAGGCUCGGCGGAGCCGCCAAAGCAAUGCCACCCAUGCCCCGGGGUGCCCCAGGGGACGUCCCCAGCUCCCGUGCCUUAUGGCUACUUUGGAGGCGGGUACUACUCCUGCCGAGUUUCCCGGAGCUCACUGAAACCCUGUGCCCAGGCAGCCACCCUGGCUGCCUACCCCGCGGAGACUCCCACGGCCGGGGAAGAGUACCCCAGCCGCCCUACUGAGUUUGCCUUCUAUCCGGGAUAUCCGGGAACCUACCAGCCUAUGGCCAGUUACCUGGACGUGUCUGUGGUGCAGACUCUGGGUGCUCCCGGGGAACCGCGACAUGACUCCCUGUUGCCCGUGGACAGUUACCAGUCCUGGGCUCUCGCUGGUGGCUGGAACAGUCAGAUGUGUUGCCAGGGAGAACAGAACCCACCAGGUCCCUUCUGGAAGGCAGCAUUUGCAGACUCCAGCGGGCAGCACCCUCCUGACACCUGCGCCUUUCGUCGCGGCCGCAAGAAACGCAUUCCAUACAGCAAGGGUCAGUUGCGGGAGCUGGAGCGGGAGUAUGCGGCUAACAAGUUCAUCACCAAGGACAAGAGGCGCAAGAUCUCGGCAGCCACCAGCCUCUCGGAGCGCCAGAUUACCAUCUGGUUUCAAAACCGCCGGGUCAAAGAGAAGAAGGUUCUUGCCAAGGUGAAGAACAGCGCUACUCCUUAAAGAGAUCUCCUUGCCUGGGUGGGAGGAGGGAAAGUGGGGGUGUCCUGGGGAGACCAGGAACCUGCCAAGCCCAGGCUAGAGCCACGGACUCUGUUGAGAGGCCCCUAGAGACAACAUCCUUCCCAGGCCACUGGCUCCUGGACUGUUCCUCAGGAGUGGCCUGGGUACCCAGUAUGUGCAGGGAGAGGGAAGCCCCUUGUGACAGCCCACUCCACCAGGGUCCCCAGAGAAUCUGUCCCAGUCAUCAUCAUUCAUCCUGACAGUGGCGAUAAUCACAAUAACCAGUACUAGCUGCCAUGAUCAUUAGCCUCAUAUUUUCUAUCUAGAGCUCUGUAGAGCACUUUAGAAACCGCUUUCAUGAAUUGAGCUGAUUAUGAAUAAACUUGGAAGGCGAUCCCCUUGCAGGGAAGCUUUCUCUCAGACCCCCUUCCAUUACACCUCCCAUCCUGGUAACAGCAGCAAGACUGAGGACAGGGGAAAGGGCAGAUUCGCUUAUGUGGCUGUGAUGUCCGUUUAGCAUUUUUCUCAGCUGACAGCUGGGCAGGUGGACAAUUGCAGAGGUUGUCUCUUCCUCCCUCCUUGUCCACCCUGUAGGUUGUACCCACUGGUCUUGGAAGCCCCCAUUCUUAACACGAUGAUUUUACCGUCGUGUGAAAAUGAAGCCAGCAGGCUACGCCUAGUCAGUCCUUCCUUCCAGAGAAAAAGGUUUGAGAAAGUGCCUGGGAUUUCCUCCUGCAAACUGUCUGUCUUCCUUUAGUAUUUCUGGUGGUUCUGACCAAAGCAGGUCAUGGUUUGUUGGGCAUUUGGGAGCCCAGUGAAGUAGAUGUUUGUGGCCUUGCCUACUCAGCCCUUCCCAGGCACAAACAGUGGCAGAGUGGUGCCAACCCUGUUUUCCCGGUCCACGUAGACAGAUCCACAGUGUGGAAUUCUGGACGCAGCAGACAGACGGGCUCUUCGCAGAGCCCGGACUGUGAGAGGGACAUGGGGACCUCUGCCUCUGCGUUCAUUCUCUGAUGUCCUGUACCUGGGCUCAGUGCCCUGUGGGACUCAUCGCCUGGCCGCGCAGCAAAGCCAACGGGUUCGUGCUGGGCCUUUCUGCAUCUUAGGCUGGGGGUGGGGGGUGGAGGGUGGGAGUGAGGGGGCCUGCAGGCCAUUCUCCACAAUUGAGCCCACAGGCCUGAAGUCUGGAGAACCCGUAGAACCGAAGUUCCGAGCAGCGGGUUGGUGGGUCGGUGGGGAGCAUUGGGGCGGCAAGCAGUCGGUAGGGUGCCGCGUCCGCCACUACCUCGAGGACCUUUCCCUUCCGGAGCCAGCUCUCCAAGAAACCCCGCGGCAGCCGCCGCAGCCAGGGGAUUCGAGUGUUUAUGGCCCGCGGUCGGGUGGGAUCCUAGCCCUGGCUCCUCUCCCGGGAAGGGGUGAGGGUGGGAUGUGACUUAGACUCCUACAAAUCUGUUUACCAAAGAGGAGCACGGGGCUGAGGGAGAAGGCCAAAGAGUGUGAGUUCAUGGGGACUGGGGGUUGAGGGGAAGAGGCCCAGGAGGAGGAAGAGGGGGUCCAUUUCCUGAUUUAAAAAAUCGUCCAAGCUCCGUGGUCCAGCUUAAGGUCCUCGGUUACAUGCACCGCUCAGAGGAGGUCACUUUCUGCCUUCCACGUCCUCCUUCAAGGAAGCCCCAUGUGGGUAGCGUUUAAUAUCUCAGGUUCUUACUCCUCUGUCUGUAUACGCUCAAACCCGACCAACGACCAACGAUCCGGCAAGUAAAACCCCUCCCUCGCCGACUUCAGAACUGGCCAGAGUUCAGCGCAGAUGGGCCUGUGGGGAGGCGGCGAGAUAGAUGAGGGGGAGCGACAUGGUGCGGGGUGCCCCCUUGGAGAGAGGAAAAAGGCCACAAGCGGGGCUGCCACCGCCACUAACGGAGAUGGCCCUGGUAGAGGCCUUUGGGGGUCUGGGACCUCUGGACUCCCCGUGCUCUAACUCCCACACUCUGCUAUCAGGAACUGAAACUUAAGGGUCUUCUCUGUUUUUCACUCGCAAUAAAUUCAGAGCAAACAAAA